CGCUCAGAAAAUGCACACCGAAUCACAGAGGAACAUCUGCUCACAAACCACACAGGGAAACAGGUGCAUGAUCGUGCACGAAUCUAUAACAUCCAGCGAACUAUAGGAGUCUCCAGCCUCUCACCUGCAUCAGUCACUGGAGAAAUAUACACCUGUUUACUCUUACCUGCAGAAUGGAAUGCUAAAUCUGUCGCAAUAACCAAAGAAUGAUAACUGCUUAUUGAUCGAUCGCUUCAGUUUCAAGCUUUAGACAUGAUUCCCGAGCAUCAGAACCAUGUUGUCACCACUAUUGAGACCAUUCCAUCAGAGACAGUCACAGCAUCACCAUCUGUGUUUCAGAGGAUGAAGAAAGUGUUUACCAGGGAACUCCUCCUGACUCUGGCCCUGGGUCAGGUCUUAUCGCUGCUCAUCUGUGGAAUUGGUUUGACCAGCAAGUACUUGGCAGAUGAUUACCAUGCCAACACUCCCGUGUUCCAGAGCUUUCUCAACUACAUACUACUAUUCCUGGUCUACACCACCACUCUUGCAGUCAGGCAAGGAGAGGAGAAUCUACUGGCAAUAUUGAAGAGAAGAUGGUGGAAGUACAUGAUUCUGGGGCUGAUCGAUAUAGAGGCCAAUUACCUGGUCAUCAAAGCCUACCAGUACACCACACUGACCAGCGUUCAGCUGCUGGACUGCUUCGUGAUCCCAGUGGUGUUGCUGCUGUCGUGGUUCUUCCUGUUAGUCAGGUAUAAAGUGUUGCACUUUGUGGGGGUGGGCGUAUGUCUCCUGGGAAUUGGCUGCAUGGUCGGCGCAGACGUCCUGGUGGGCCGACAGCAAGGCCUUGGAGACCAUAAACUGUUGGGAGAUCUGUUGGUUCUUGCGGGGGCGACGCUCUAUGGCAUCUCCAACGUUUGUGAAGAAUUCAUUGUAAAGAACCUGAGCCGGGUUGAAUUUCUGGGUAUGAUGGGUCUCUUUGGCUCCUUCUUCAGUGGGAUCCAACUGGCCAUUAUGGAGCACAAGGAGCUUCUGAAGGUGCAGUGGGACUGGCAGAUAGGUCUUCUGUACAUUGGAUUCAGUGCUUGCAUGUUUGGCCUGUACAGCUUCAUGCCUGUGGUAAUAAAAAGAACCAGCGCUACAGCAGUGAACCUCUCUCUACUGACAGCUGAUAUCUACAGCCUCUUCUGUGGCUUGUUCCUGUUUCAGUACAAGUUUUCAGCACUUUACCUGCUGUCCUUCUUCAUCAUCAUAUUGGGACUGAUUCUCUAUUCCUCUUCCUCUACCUACGUGGCACAGGAUCCUCGCGUUUACAAACAGUUCCGCAACACAGGAAAUGCCAUUACAGACACGCCUACUGUGGGGCACCUGGAACCCUCAGUGACCUAUACAAGCCUGGGUCAGGGAAUAGAGGAGGAGCCUCGUAUACGAGUAGCUUGAAGGGGCGGGGCCUCACUAAACUAAUCAUCCACUGCCCAGCCCACAGUCUGUAGAAUGGUAACAAUAACUGAAUGAUGUAAUCAACCACGUAGCAAACGAGUACACUGUGAUCAUGAACUGUGAAUAGGUAGCAGUGACUUUUCAGAUCCAUUCAUGUAUAGAGAUGAUUUCCCCUCAUUGCUUCUGCCCCCCACAACAAGUUAAAGGGAUAGUUGACCCAAAAUGGAAAUUCUGUCAUUAGUUAUUGACCCUCAUGUUCCUUUUGAGUUCCAUGGAAGAAAGUCAUAUGGGUUGGUAACAACAUGAGGGUGAGUAAAUAAUGACAGAAUAAAAAAAAAAAUUUAAUAAAAAAAAAAUAAUAAUAAUUGGGGGGUGGGUCUAUCCUUUUAGAGUUUAGAAGGAUUCGUUCUGACUGUUUGUCUAAAUGCUCAAUUGUGAAUGUUUUGUUUUCUUAUGAGCACAAAGGGUUCAUUGUAUUUGAGAUUUUGUCAUGAAUUGCCUCACUACUGUUUCAUGAAUAUUUUAUUUCUUCAGUUGUACAUGAAAUCUAUCUGACGACAUCUCUGGAAAACUGCAUUCUGAGUUUUAAAAUGCUGAUUUGAGCCAGUGCCUUGCCAUGUAAUAUUAUUGUGGGUUACAUUAGCCAAUGGAAAAUCAUGACUUUUACAAUAGUGUCACUAGUAUUGGGCAUCAUGUCAUGAUUACAUAAUGUACAUUGUAUUAUCUGCUCAAAUUACAAAUUUUUCAAUCAGUAAGAAAUUGUGAUGUCCACCGUUUUCCAUUUUUUGCUGUUAUACCAUAUUAAAAUUGUUUUUAUAUUUUUCAUAUUGUUUUAAUUUAGCCAGGGUACAUUUGUUUGUAUUAAAUAUAAAGAUCUGUGUAAUAGCAAUUGAUUGUAAACUUGUAAACAAUUUUAUUGCACCUGUCUAUUUGUCUAUACUGAUCAGUUAUUGCGGUACAGUCUUAAUUAUAUUUUGGUAAAAUUCAGUAUACAUGUGUAAAUUUAUGCUGAACAGAUAUGUAAGUAUUGGUUUUUGUUUUGUUUGUUUUUUAUUUCUUUUUUUAG